AAGACCCCGGGCUCCACUCUUUCGCGGAUCACACUCAUCACAGCAUCAUGGAACGAAAGCAGUCAAGUCGGGUUGUUCGAGAAUUCGCUACAACCUUUCCAUCGGAAUUCACCCAACGACUACGACCUCGACCUCCUCUUCACUCAGGGAAGAUGCCUGUACCCACGCGCGUGUCCUUUCAUCAUCGCUGCGACAUCUUCCUGUAACCAAGCUUGUAUUUCUGGAACGGAUGGACAGCACAGCACAGCACAAUCAAGGUACCUACCUGCCUGACCCGAGCAACCCAUCAUUUACAUCAUUCCGGUGCCUACUUUCGAAAAAGGUAUUACAAAGUACCUUUCCUUUCCGGCAGGACCGGCCGGCUUGCUCUGCCUUGCACAAAACCUUCGAGGAAAAGAAACAAGGUUUUUUUCGGUCGGCGAGUUCCAAUUGCUUGCGGUGACGUCUUUCGUAGGUGAUUCAACAUCAUUCCGCGUGUGUUGU